CUGGCCACCACUUGCCAGAGGUGUCCUUGCGGCCAUGUGGGAGCAGCGUGGUUGGGUGGCCCUCCUGGAAGAGGCUGUCUAAAGGCGCUGGAGAGCUGGCUUCAGCGAAAAUAUAAAAAGAAACUUCCAGCUUUGACAGAGUGGAGACUGAACAACAGGUUUGCUGCAAAACAGGCACGCUGCCAAGAAUUGCCUCCAAACAAAGGUGAGCACUAGGAGCUGCCUUCCCUGGUGAACAGUGAUUUGCACCAGCGUGUUAUGGGUAUAACACAAAGUUAACCUGUAAACCCUGUGACAAGCAGUGGUUGUGACACAAAAAGGCAGAGGGCAGUUUGGAAGGCAGCAUGAGGUCUGUUCGCAUGUCUGCCCCCUGCACUGCAGCCAGGUGCAGGUGGAGCAAUGCGUAGCAGCCGGUCAUUUAACACAACUGUUUCUUCAUCUUCUGCUUUUCAGAUCCAGCUUUUGCUCUCAAAUUUCAGAUGUCUGUCAUCUUGACUUUCACAGAAAGCUAGCUGGGACUGAAGAGGGGUUAAACUGUUGGUCACAGAUUAGUCCCGGUCUUGUCAUGCCCACAGGGUGGGCUCCUGCAGCCUCCUGCUUCAACUCUGAAGACCUUGGGGGAUGUCAUUGCAGGAAGUGAGACAAAGUGUUUUCAUGAAUCACAAACUGAAUGAAAGCAACACAGGGAGAAUCUUGCUGAGCUCAGCUCUGCUGAAGGUUUCUCUGGGAUCACCAACAGAAAAAACACUUCUCACAGCCUUGGGCUGAGAUUUCUGCCAUGCGACUGCUGGGCUGUGGUGCCUCUUGUGCUGCACGUUACCCAGACGACCACAGUCCUUGUGAGAAGGCAGUUUUGCUCUGCUGUUCCCAGCCCCAUGGCCCCAGCUGCAGCCACAGGCAGCCCCUGCCCAGGCUGGAGCAUGCUGCACACCCAUAGCUGGACAUGUUCCUUGGCAAAAGGUGAUGGAGACAAACUCUUAUUGGCAGUGCCAGAUGAUGUUGCAAGGAGUAACAGCCAAAAAUUUUGGUUUGGGAGGCUCAGAACUGGUACUGGGAUUUUUCCUUGUUUUUAAGCCAGGAGGGUGGUGCGGCCGUGGGAUGAGACGUGGGGAGGGAUGUCCAUCCUUGGAGGUUUUUCAAGAUGGAGCCGCAGCCAAGCUGGUGUCAGUCACAUAUUGAGGCAGCAGCAGGACUGGGGACCUCCAGGGCUCCUUCCCUACAAAUCAUCCAUUAUUUGAUCUUAACUCCUGAAACAGCCUGCAGGGAUGGUUGUUGUGGCUUACUUUGCUUGGAGACUUGUCCCUCUCCAUUGGAUCUGAGGUGCAUAAGCUGGCAUGUUAUUGCUGUCCCUGCCCACUUGUGGCAUGGGGCUGCCUGGCAAAGGAGGCGUGGCGGGGGGGUGGGCCGCUGCUGGCUGCAUACUGUGGCCAGAGAAAUCUGUGAUUACGCUUUUGCCAUUUCUGCAUGCUGCAUUCCUGCCCAUGUGCUAAGAUAAAGCCCCUUUGCCCAGCCCCACUGUCCAGCUGGGGAGGGUGACUGAAGGUCCCAUUUUGUUCACCAGCACUAAUCCAAGAAGAUGCUGGGCAACACAGCACUGGCCUUGGGGGAGUUGAGCCACAUUUGGGAUCAGUCAUGGCACACCCAAGUGUUUUCCCCCACAUCCCUGGGAACCCCAGCAGGGCUUCACCACCACUUCCAGGUGCAAAUGAAUCUUCGCCCAGACUUAAUCAACUCGCAAGCCAGCAGUGUCCAAGCUCAGAGCAGGCUCGGGGUGGGGGUGGGGCCUGAACAUCAACAGCCAUGCAAAGCCCCAUUGGGCAGCUGCUUUUGUAAAAGCUCUUUUCCAUGGACAUUUCACACUGUCACAGUGGUUUACAAUUGAUCAGAAACUUUCAAGGGUACAGCAUAAAUAGCAGCAGGAUGUUCAGCCACAGCACUGUGGCUGGGGCAGGAGCCCCACAGCAGGCACACAGCAGGAAGUGUGGGGGGACAGUGCUGCUCAGCCAGGCUGUGAGCGCCAGCACGGCAUGACUGGUCCCAGCCCAGGAUGGCGGCACAAAAGCUGCCAAGAGCAAAUCCCAAGGACUUUCUGCAAGGCAGAGGGGUGGGGGGGGUGCUGACUGAACCAAACUGUUUGCUUUGAAAAGUGAAAUAUCCACACACAUGUUGGGAAAUGGCUGCACACUGAGCCAGCAUUUGCUGGCACUUGGCGGGGUGGAGGCUGAUGCUGGAUGGGGCUGGGACUGAGGGUGGAGUUACAACAGAUAGGAAGCUGGGGCUGCUCCCACAUAUAACCGAGCCAGGUGCAGGCACAGCUGGGCUUGGCAGUGCUGGGUGCAGAGCAGCAUUGUGCCAAGAGGCACCUGUGCAUGGCUGGGCAGCAUCCCACCCACAACCAGCACCAUGCAUCAUCCCAAGGGCAAUGUAUGGACCUGCUGCACUAGUGAGCAGCUAGGGGCAGCAGCAGCCACCAUGCAGAGGAGGGACCCUGGGACCACUCCCCAUGGUUUGUCCUGGCUGGGGACAGCACUUGUUCAGCCUCAACCUCUGAAUCCUGGAGUCGGCUCAGCUCCUGCUCUCGUAUGCUGUCCAUCCCUCUUCUUAUCCAACCCCAAAUCCCAUGCAAUGACCAUAGUGCCUUGAGUGCCCUCAGGGAUUUUCUUAGGCCUUGUGCCCCGUACCGAGGUCCCCCCGCCAGGGGCACAGCUGAGCAACAUGUUUGGCUGAGUGAAAAAGAGAAAACCCUGCAUGUGCAUGCAUAUGUCACAGGAAACAGCGGCAGCCCGCAGCCCCAGCUCUGGUGCCUUGCACCCCUUGUCAGCAGCGCUGCUGGGAGCAGCCCUGGCUCUGGCACCUGAAAACACCCAGCCUUAGAGCAGGGGGACUAGGGCAAACCAAGCGGGUCUUGCCCUACUUGAGGGAGACCCACUGCACCAGAGGGACACCCUCAUGCCUUGUGGAUCCACCACGCUGGAGCAGCACCCUACAGGGCAGAGCCCAGCUGAUGUCUGCCCAGCCCUGAUGACUCCUAUACAAUGGUGACAGCAGCAAGAAGCAGCCAGCAGCAGCCGAGGCCGGGGGCCAGGGACACACACUGACCCCGAGGGAUGGGGAGCCUGCCCAGCCGGGAGAAGCCGCUCAGUAUCCCACCAGCAGUUGCCAACAUGGUGCAGCCUCCGCCGCCCAUGCAGGCAGACCGCAGCGGCUUCCUGGCUCUGGCCCUCUGCGACUUCCCUGCCAGCACAGGAGCACCCACUGUCCUGAGGAUGGGAGAGCAGCUCCGUGUUCUCUCUGAGGACGGAGAUUGGUGGCUGGUGGCAUCUGAGGUGUCCGGCAAAGAGUGCCACAUCCCCAGCAGCUGCGUGGCCAAGGUCAGGCACAGGUGGCUGUAUGAGGGCAUCAGCCGGCAGAAGGCAGAGGAGCUGCUGCUCCAGCCAGGCAACCGCAGCGGGUCCUUCCUGAUACGGGAGAGCCAGACCAGGCAAGGCUGCUACUCACUGUCGGUGCGCUGCAGCGAGCGUGCCUCCUGGGACUCUGUGACACACUACCGCAUCUACCGCCUGGAGAACGGCUGGCUGUACAUCUCACCCCGGCUCACCUUCCCCAGCCUACACGACCUGGUGGACCACUAUUCUGGUAAUGCUCCUCCAGGCCACUGGCAAACCGAAUCUGUGUGGGGGGGAUGCCCUGUGCCCUGCAGCAAGGGAGGGAGGGGGGAAAGGUGCCCCUGGGGUUGGGGUGCAGGUGGGGGCACCCUGCUGAUGCUGCCUGCUCCCUGCCCAGAGUUUGGAGAGGGGCUGUGCUGCCUCCUCAGGGAGCCCUGCUUCACGGAAGGGGCAAGGGUGGCCCCGGUCUCCACCAUGCCCACUGUCAUGAAGCCAUCACUCAACUGGGACAAGACUGACAGCUCCCUCCUGCUCUCAGAGGCCACAUCCGCACCAGAGGAGGACUCUCCCAUAAGCCUGGGCCUGCGGGAAGCCAUCAGCUCCUACCUUCUCCUGACAGAGAUGGCCACCCCCAAGCAGAGCCCUGCAGGGAAGGGGGCAAAGAACAGCUGAGGGCAGGGCCCCACUUGGCCACAGUCCCAUGGCAGACACCCACCCCUCGUUACAUUGCUCACCUGGUUUCAGCCACAAUCACUGUUGAUGCCCUGGGAGCCAGGCACCUGGGGGACAUUGGCCUGGACAUGGGACAGCUGAGACAAAGGUGGGGAGGGGCAGGCACCAACAGUGGAGGAAAGGGCUGCCCAAGGGCCCAUCCUCCCCAAAGCUGGGUGCUUUAGGACAUGAUGUUUGUGCACCCCAAGCAUCACCCCCACACCCAUGGGAGGAGAAGGCAGAGGCUGUACACAGGAGCCCUGCCUGCCCCACGGGCUGCAAUGGCUCCCCAUCGCAUCUCUGCCCCCACAGCAGCAGGGAAAUGGGAUUCAAAUACCCAACAAGCCAAAGCCUGGCCCAGGUGGGAGAACAGCCUGACCCUGUCAGACCCUGCAAGUUCAUGCACAAACUUUUUUUUUUUGGGGGGGGGGGGGGGGGGGGGGGGGUUCUGUGCAGGACAGGAUCUAUGAGCAGCAGCUGCAGACCCUCAUGCUCUCACCCACCCCUCUGCUUAUUGGGACCAGCACAGCAGCAGCCAGGAGGAACCAGCCCCUCACGGCACCCCAAGUAGCUGAUUUUUAAACCUUUAAAUAUAUGGAUUGUACUGGUUUUAAGGUCCAUAAAACACGAUCCUGCUAAACAUGCAGCAAUAA